AUGUCUACGAAGCCUUAUGCACCUCGUCGACGACAUCCUGCAUCGUAUGGUUCUCGUUCCGGCCGAUCGGAAGGUGAUUUCGAGGCCGCUGUCGCUUCCGAAACCAAGGGCUCCGUGAGACCAGCACUCUGCAGCGACACUUGUAGGUAUGCUAUCGAGCAGGACACCGACGGCCUCUUCACCGGCCAUUGGCCCACCGUCAGCCAUCCCUUCACCGGCACCAACACUCCCUCGGCCGGAGUGCCCAAUCCGUCCUCGGUGAUGUUCGACGAUGUCAAGUCGCCCGUCGGCGAGUUCGCCAAGGAGGAGCUCUGCACCGAGGAGUUCAUGAUCGACGGAAAGCGCUACAGACAGACCUACCGACGACGCAUCGUCUUGGAGAGACGCAAGACUCGAGAGGUGAGUGCUCUUUCUCUUCCGCCCAACGGGGCUUUACCUUCCAUCCCCUACAGGAUCGCGAUUGCAGCCGCAACUCGCGUUUUCAUGCCAGCACCAUUCAACUUUUGGAAGAAGCUUCUUCUGGGAACAGCCAAUUAG